UUAGCCGCUAGAUGGCAGCAAAGAGUCGCUAAUUAUAAAAUCAACGAAGAAGUCGUGCGUCUCAUGCUAAUGCUAAUGCUACGAACAGGAGUUACCCGCUAGUGUUGGCAGAAAGUCGCCAUGGCAACACCAGUGUCUGUCCUUCGUCUGCCUAAAGGACCUGAUCCCAACAGCCGAGGAUUUGACCCCAAUUCACCCCGUUUCGUUGCUCUUUGCCGCACAUCUAUUUCAACAUCUGCUGCAGAGGCAGAUGCAAAGGAGCUGCAGAGAGAGCAGCGUGCACGCUCUGCUCUCAGAGAGCGCUUCCUGCGUUGUCUGCUCACCAUGACGAACAAGAAGGUUCAGUUUCACAUGCAUGAGAAGGUGGAUGUUGAGGCCACGUUUGGGGCGUCGGACAUCGAUGUGCUGAACUUUCAGGUGUCAGACCUGCACACUCCAAUUGGGGUGCAGAAAGAGGCUUUGAUCAGGUGUCAGGAUGUGAUUUCAUUUACUUUUGAUAUGUGAUUGUUUGCUUUUGUAUUGGUUCUUUCAAAAAGCUUUGAGGUUCAGAUUUUAGCAUUUUUGGCUGAAUCGAAAGAUCCACCUGUGUUACGUUUUCAUCUCAUUUACUUUUGUUUAAAGAGAAACCUGAAACUUUCACUGGGCUCUCUUUUUCCUGAAGGUUGAUGAUGUUAUGUCUGAGUCAUGUGAUUGUUCUAAAACCCUUCAAGCAGAGUAUCGGUCCCUCCCAACAACCGUCCUUUUUUGUAUCAAAAAUACUGAGAAGGAAGGAAGCAUCCUUGUACAUUGUCAACACUGGGACACAGUAAGCUUGUUUCUGAAUUGGUCCUAAAACCUGUGUGUGUGUGUGUGUGUGUGUGUGUGUGUGUGUGUGUGUGUGUGUGUGUGUGUGUGUGUGUGUGUGUGUGUGUGUUUCCGUGACUGAACCAAAUGAAAAACUAUUACUUAGUUUUUUCUGUUUUUGUAUUUGCUUUGUAUCCUGUACAAAUGGUCUGAAUAGUGGAAGAAAUUAAAAUACUUCAUUUUUUCUUAGACACAUUGCACUUGUUUUCUAAAAUAUUUCAUUACUGUUUAAUAAAUGUGAUGGAUAAUCAUCAUAAUCCAGCUGUUCAUUUUACUUUCCUUUGUCCCCAAAUUUGUUAAAAUAAAAUAAACACUUUUACGUUC